AUGGAUGAGGGCCUCUGUAAUGGUAUAAAGGGAUCGCAGUUUUCCAGUCUGUCCAUCGAUGAUCAGGAGGACACUCAGUUCCCCUUCACCAUGAGGGACCUGCCUGGCGUCUCUCAGGCGGGCGAUCAGCACCAGGACCCAGGUCACCAGAUGUCAGUGAACCACGGGGCAGAGGGACCCCGUGCCACAACCAACGGGAGACGCCCCAGCCUACCCGGGACCCCCCCUCCUGCCCGUCCCAUCCCCUGCCACCCCACCACCGAAUCUCCAUCCGCCCCUCAGAGACCCCACCGUGCAGGAGCGGACUCAGGGUUUCAGCCGCUGCCGCUGAGGAGGCAGCUCGUCUCUCAGACGUCUCUGGACUCCACAGGCAGCUCGGUCUCCCGUCCACACAGUCCGUGGGGACGCUUUGACCCCUAUGACUCUCCAGAGGAUCAGGACAAGGACUAUGUGGGAUUUGCCACGUUGCCCAACCAGGUUCACAGAAAAACAGUGAAGAAAGGUUUCACCUUCACACUCAUGGUGGCAGGAGAGUCUGGCCUCGGGAAAUCCACACUCAUCAACAGUUUGUUCCUCACUGACCUCUACAAAGACAGGAAGGUUCCUAAUGCUGAAGAGCGAAUCAGUCAAACACUCGACAUCAUCAAACACACCGUCAGCAUCGAGGAGAAAGGAGUCAAACUGAGGCUCACCAUCAUAGACUCGCCCGGGUUCGGAGACGCCGUCAACAACUCAGAAAGCUGGAAGCGAAUAGAGGACUACAUCGACGAGCAGUUUGAAAAGUACUUCAGAGACGAGAGCGGCUUGAACAGAAGAAACAUCCAGGACAACAGAGUUCACUGCUGCCUCUACUUCAUCUCUCCAUUCGGCCACGGACUUCGACCUCUGGACAUUGAGUGCAUGAAGGCCAUCCACGAAAAAGUCAACAUAGUUCCAAUACUGGCCAAAGCCGACAGUCUAACACAGGCAGAGGUUUGCAGGAAGAAGAUGAAGAUCCAAGAGGAGAUGAAGCAGUUUGGCAUCAACAUUUACCAGUUUCCAGAGUGUGAUUCAGACGAGGACGAAGACUUUAAGAUGCACGACCAGAUCCUCAAGGACAGCAUCCCGUUUGCAGUGAUCGGGGGAAACGUUCAAGUGGAGAGUAAAGGUCGCAGAUUCAGAGGUCGUCUGUAUCCCUGGGGGGUGGUGGAAGUGGAGAACCCGGCUCACUCUGACUUCCUGUUGCUGAGGAACAUGCUGGUGAGGACGCACAUGCAGGACCUGAAGGACGUGACGCGGGAGACGCACUACGAGAACUACCGAGCGCACUGCAUCCAGAACAUGACGCGCAUGGUGGUGCAGGAGAAGAAACGCAGUUUGCGUGAGAAGUGUCAAGAAGGCAGCGAGGACAACUUCCCUCUGCCGCUCGCCGCCGUUGACACUGAGAAGGAAAGACUCAUCUUUGAGAAAGACGAAGAGCUGAGGAGGAUGCAGGAGGUGUUUGAAAGGAUUCAGGAGCAGAUGCAGCACAGUCACAGAGGCGGCUGCUGA